UCCUACAUUUUCUAUUUUUUCCGUGAAAUAAAAAUCUUCUAAAAUAAAUUAAUUAAAUUUCCACACAUUCGUUGUUUUUUAUAUGUUAAUAAAUAAAAAUAUAUUUAAUUAAAUGGUAUCUAUAAUUUUAAUGUGAAUAAUUUGUUAAAUAAAUAAAAAUGGAUCCUGUAAAUAAUUGGAAGAAAAUUCUUUUACAAUGGGUAAAAGAAUGCAAUUUCUUAGAGAAAACAUUCUACAGCAUUGAUCAAACUGAAAUCGAAAUAUUCUUUACACAUUUUAAAGAUAAUUUCAAAGAAUCAAACAUCUGCCAAUAUAAAAAUGUCUCGGAUUUCUUAAAAGAACAAUAUCCACUUUUCGAACCACAUUUCGAUGAUGAAAACACACUUAGCUCAAGUGAUCACGUUUAUGUGUAUUCUCUGUUGUUGCACUUUUCUUGUGUUAAAGUUUCGGAUGGAUAUUUCCAAGGAACUUGUCAGAAAUUAAAUGAUCUCGCUCAGCGAAAUAUUACAGCAUUUUUUCAAAAGCUGUUAAAUGAGGAUUCGCUGACGAAAGAGACUUUGCGUCAUGUAAUUGCUUCAAUUCAGGAUUUCACUCCGCCGCCAAAUCCAAAUAAUAGUCGAUUUGUUUAUGCGGCGGAAAGUCCAAUGAAGACGCCACGAAAGCAACCGGGGAUAUCGCCACCAACUCCAAGAAGUUGUAUGCUUUUGGAGAAGAAUAAAAAAGUCUACACUCUUAAUGCACAACUUGAAACAUUGUCAUAUGAAAAAAAUGUAUUGGAAGCUGAUUUGAAGAAAUAUGAAGAAAAAAUUGAUAAAUUAAGUCAUGAACUUAAAAAAUCAAAUCAGGAAAUUAAAGAUCUUAAAAAUGAGAUCCAAUCGAAGAGUAAGGAAAUUAGUGAUUCGGGAAAUAUGCACUCUGGAGAAGAACAGAUACGAAGAUUGAGGAAGAAACUGGACCAGAAAGAACAGGAAAUAGCCAAGCAAAGUGAAACAAUUGAAGAUCUCACCGAACAAAAAGAUAUUUUACAAGAAAAGUUAAAAAAUGCUGAAAAACAAAUGAAGUAUCUUCAAAGCAACGUAACCGAUUUGGCUGAAAAAGUAGAUGAUCUCUCACAGGAACUUGAGAAAAAAGAACGCACAAUACAAAAUCUUUCCGAUACCAAAAUUGAACUGGAACAAUGGAUAUCCGAAAUACGUUCGUCCACUGUUAACUCUCGUCCAGAUCUCAAUAUGUCAGCUGAAUUCCUUGACUUGUCACGGGCCACAAAUAGCUCUGGUAGCAUUCAUAGUCCUGAAAAUCUAGGUUCAGUUGUUGAUAUUAAAUUGCGUGAAAAAGAAAAUGAAAAUGAGAAAUUACGUGAAGAAAUCUCUUCAAUUCGUAUUGAUAAUUCAAAGCUAUCGAAAGCUAUGAGUGAAUUAACUACAAGAUAUUCAAAACUCUUUGAUAUUUGCAAUGACAAUCUAAACAUCAAUAAUACUGACGAUGAUGAUGAAGAAAAUAUAAAUGAACUUUCAAAUUAUUUUAUCAUUUUCUCAAAUUGUAUGCAAAAUUUUGCUUCCAAAUAUGAAGAAAAUUGUUUUGAGUUGAAAAGAAUUAAAGAAAAUGAAAAACAAAUUGAAGAACUAAAUCUUAAUUUGGCAAGUAAACUCGAAGAAAGUCAAAAUCAAAAUGCCGAACUUAAAAAAGAAGUCGAAGAUUUGCUUUCUGCAAACAAAAUACUACAAACUUCCAAAGCAAGUCUUGAAACUGCAAUUUCAGAAUUGGAAAACAAACUUGAGAAUUGCUUCAAAGAACGAUCUGAGGAAGCGAAUAACAUUAAAAACCUUCAAAAAGAAUUGGAAAAUCUCAAAACCGAAAAACAUGAUACCGAACAUCAAAUGGAAUAUUUGACGACUUGUCUGGAAACCAAAGAAGACAUCUUAACGAAGUUACAAUCUGAUAAUGGACAGAAAGACCAGAUUAUCAAUGAAAAUCAGCAGAAAUUCAAAGAAUUCGACCAAGAAAAGGAACUUUUCGAGAAUAAAAUAACUCAUUUCGAAACUCUUCAAAAGGAUCUUUUUGAACAAUUAGAAUAUGAAAAAAGUGAAAGAAGAGAAUUUGAGGAACAAAGUAAUCAGUUAUCAAUUGAAUUGGAAAAAUCGAAACAAAACUACUUGAGUGUAACGCGUGACAGAAAUUACCAUCUCACUUUAAUCCAAGGGAAUAAGAAACAAAUAGAAUCCUUACAACAAAGAAUUCGUACACUAACCGAUGCUCAAAGCCUUAAAGAUUCUUUCAUUUCGAAACUAGAGACUGACAAAGAAUGCUUGAUUGAUUCAAUGCAGGACAAAAUUCAUAAUCUUUCAAAUGUUAUCGAUAAAUAUGAAGAAGGAUUCGAAGAAAAAACAAAUGAAUUGAAAGAAGUGACGUCAAAGUUAAUUCAUACAGAAACUGAAAGUAACUCGAGGCAAAAUAAGUUACAAGAAGUUUCUUUACAAUUUGACGAAGCAAAUGAAGCCUUUGGUAAAGUAACAGAAUGUAUUUUAUACCACUUUAAUAACUUUAAAUGUCGACUUGGACUUGAAGCCAAUACUGACGCCCCUUUGUUAUCUUGUGACAUCGAUGAUAUCGAUCAAUUGGAUAGUAGACUAAAAAACGAUGCUAAGAGUUUACUUGGUGAUAUUACAACCGUCUGUGAUCAUGUUUUUGAAGAGAAAGCUUCUUUACAACAAACAAUUUCGGAAUUAGAAAAAACAGUCGAGACUCUUCACGAAGAGCAAUCUUCUUUAAGAAAUAAUGUUGCGCAGUUGGAAGCUGAUCGAAUUAAACAGAUUUCUUAUACAGAAACAUUACUUAAAAGAGAAGCUGAUCUGAAGGAUGAAAUAUCAUCACUGACUUCAUCUUUUGAAAAACUCGAAAAGAACUUUUGUAACAAGGCUAAGGAUGCCGAAAUUCUCUUGGAAAAAUACAAUCAAGCUGAACAAAGAGUCAAAGAACUUCAAGAAAAGAUUCUUCGAUUAGAAAAUGAUUCGAAAUUAACAAAUGAAAAAUUGAUAGAAGAGCGCAAUAGACAACUGGAAACAGCACAAACUCAGUUAAAUUCUGAAAUCGCAGAAAAAGUUUUGAUAAAAGAAGAACUUCAAAAAACAGUUGAAAUGCUUAACCAAGUUCAGUCAAAUAUGAGUCUUUUGGAAAAUGAAAUAGCAGAUUUGAAAGAACAAGCAAGUAAGACUUCAAACAAGCUUCGUCAAGAAUUUGAUAGAACCAAAAUUCAAUUGCAAAACGAAACAACUGAAAAACAACAAAUUAAAGAAGAACUAGAACAGAUAAGACUUCAAUUCGAAAAUGAAGUUACAGAGAAGACGAAAAUCAAUGAGCUCCUAGAAAAUGUUAAAAUGCAAUUAGAAAAUGAAGUCACAAAAAAGCGGGAAUUGAAAGAACAACUCGAAGCUGGAUCCACAAAAGUCAAGGAAGUAAAAGAAGAACUUGAGAGUAUAAAGCUUCUACUCAAAAAUGAAGUCACCGGGAACAAAAAAAUUCAAGAAGCAUUCGAAAGGGUAGCCACAGAGUCGAAGGAAAUAAAAAAAGACUUCGAGAACACACUACUUAUAUCAGAAACUUUAAUUACAAAAACAGAGAAGAUUGAAAAAGAACUCAAAAGCACUAAGCUUCAGUUAGAAAGUGAAGUCACUGAGAAACAACAAAUUAAAGAAAAUCUUGAAACUCUAGCCACAGAGGCGAAAGGAAUAAAAACAGAACUUGAAAGCACGAAGCUUCAAUUAGAAAGUGCUAACCUUCAAUCAGAAACUUUAGCCACAGAAGCGAAGAAGAUGGAAAAAGAACUCGAAAGCACAAAGCUUCAACUAGAAAGUGAAGUCACAGGGAAAAAACAAAUUAAAGAAGCUCUCGAAACUGCAUCCACCGGGGCGAAGGAACUAAAAACAGAACUCGAAAGUACAAAGCUUCAAUUAGAAAGUGAAGUCACCGAAAAACAACAAAUUAAGGAAAACUUCGAAACUCUAGCCACAGAGGCAAAAGAAAUAAGAAGUGAACUUGAGAGUACCAAACUUCAAUUAGAAAAUGAAAUCACCGAAAAACAACAAAUAAUUGAAGAUCUAAAAAAUGUUCGCAAUAAGUUGGUGAUUGAAGGUACAGAAAACCAAACCCUAAAAGAAAAUCUCGAAAGCUUAAGAAAAGAAUGUGAAAAUAAUUUUGAAAAUUAUAAAUCAAAUCAAGAACAAGAAGACUCUCAACGGAAGUCACAAGUUGAAAUUACCCAAAAACAGCAAGAAAAAUAUCAACAAAUUUCUCUUCAACUUGAAACUGAAAUUACAAAAACAAAAGCUCUAAUAGAAGAUCUUGCACAGGCUAAGCUUCAGUUAGAAAAUGAAGUCAAAAAUAAACAUCUAGUGACGAAACAGCUUGAAGAAACUAAAUGUAGUUUAGAAAAUGAAGUAACGGUUUGUAAAAUGGACCUUGAGAAGCUACGAAUCGAAUUACAAAAUGAAGUUCUCGAAAAAACAAAAAUCAAAGAAGAAUUCGAGAGUGUGAAACUUCAAUUAGAAGGUGAAGUUACUGAAAAAAUUCAAAUUAAGGAAAAUCUCAAUGCAACCGAGGCAGAAAAUCAGAGGGUUCAAGAAGAACUAGAAACCACUUGGCUUCAGCUACAGUCAAAGCUUACGGAAAAUCAGCAGAUCAAGGAAGAACUUGAAGCAAUUAAAAUUCAGUUAGAAGAGAAAAUUACUGAGGUCUCUAAUGUAAAGGAAGAACUUCGGUUGAGAGUUACUGAUUUAGAAAGUCAAAAGGAAACACUUCACAAAUUAAAUCAAAACUCAAAACUUGAAUUUGAAAAAGAAAUUGCAGAAAGUACCGAAACGAUAAGGGAACUCCGAACAAAAAUCCUGAAUCUGGAAGCUGAAAGCAGGGCAGUUAACCAAAAGGCUGACAAAUACAACAAGGAACUGGAAGAUGUAAAAUGUCUCCUUAAAAAUGUAGCAACUGAAAAGAGUAAGCUCAUUGAAGAUUUGGAAAAUUCCAAUAAAGAGUUUAAUGAAGUAAGAAACGAGAAAAUGGAUCUCGAAAAUAAAUAUCAGGCAAUUGUUCGAGAAGCAGAAAAAUUCAAAAAUGACUAUCACUUGGCUGAAAGUGAAGUUAAACGUUUUCAAGGUGAAGAAUCUCUUCUUCGGGAGCAAAUUGAAACUCUUAAAACCACAAGUGAAUCUCAAAUUAAAAUGUGCAAUAAAGAAAUCACCGAACAGAAGGAAAACGUAUCUCGAUUAAUCCAAGAGAUUGCAUCAAUUCGAAAAGAAAAAGAAUUUGCUGAAGAAGAAAGAAAAAUUCUAUCAAAUCGUCUUGAAUCUAAACUAAAUGAAGAAAAAUCAAAAGAAUUAAAUCAGAGGUCGAUUGAGGAAAAAUUGCAAUUAAGUGAAAAGGAAAUUCUUGUUAAAUUAAAUUUAAUCAAAACUGAACAACUUCGAAGUCAAGAUUUGGAAAAUCAAUUAAAAAAAUUACAAAUGGAGAAUGCAAGUCUUAAAGAAUCUGCCGAAAGCAAUAUGAAGCGAAUUGAAAAACAAGCUUUAAUGUUGGGUGAAUCACAAGCUAAUUGUCGAAAAUUAAAGAAAGAAUCAGAUGCUGCUCAAAGCAAUUUGGAAAUGGUCAAAACAUCAUCAGAAAUAACACAGCGUGAGAAUAGCAGACUUAAUCUAGAAUGCAAAUGCCUCAAAGAAAAGUUAUCGAAAAGUGAAAAAUCCAAAGAUGUACUUGAAUCCAGAACAAUUAUACUGCAAAAAGAAAUUGAGAAACUUGAAGAAGACAAAAAGAUUAUAGAAAGCUCUGAAAACGAUUUGAAAACAUCAAAAAUCAGUUUGGAAAAAAUCAAACUCAAUUUGGAGGAUAAAAUACGCAAAUUGGCAAAAUCUCUAUCUGAUUCAAAUGUGGCAUUGAGUAAAGUUGAACAAGAUAAGGUUCAAUUGAAUUUAGAAGUUGGUGGAUUGAAUAAACAAUUGCAGGAGAAUAAAACACUUCUCAAUAUGAAAUUAAAGGAGAUUGAAAGCUUAACAUCAGAUCUAACCGAUGCAAAGAAUACAAAUUCGCAAUUGAUUGAAUUAAAUGAAAAACAUCAAAACAAUGCUAAAGAAAUUGAAGAAGAGAACUCUCGUUUAAAUGAUCAACUUUCAAAAUUAUCGCUUCGUUUACAAAUCACCCAAGAAGGACACGAGAGUAUGAAAAAUGAAUUGGAAAGUCUAAAGUCCGAUGUAGAAGCUUCAAAAUUGGAAAGAGAUGCAAUUGAAAAAGAUCAUCGAACAGCAGUUGAACGGUUAAUGGGUAUUGAGGGACAAGUUGUUGAGGAACGACGUUCAACAGAAGUUGAAUUUGGUAAUCAAAUAAAACUAUUAGAAGGGCAAAUUUUAAAACUCUCAUCAGAAAAAUGUGAUUUGGAGAAACUUCGUAAUCAAGAUAAGCUUAUUAUCGAACAGUUAAAUGAAGAUAUAGCAAUUUUCAAAGCGAAACUUCAAAAAAGUCGUGGAAUUUGUGAAGAAAAUGAGAAAAAAUGGGCUGAUGAGAAGGAAGUGUUAUUGGCCGAAGUUAAGGGCAGCGAGGACCGUAUCAAAGAGACGCGUUUGGAACUCGAAGGCAAGCUGGAAAAAAUGAAGAAUAAAAUGAAAACUUUGUAUAAUGAUGAAGUUGCAAAAAUGAAAAAGAAACAAGAACGUGAAGUUGCUGUUUACAAAACGGAUAUUGAUUCAUUAAAUGCUAAGAAUGACAAACACGAAGAACAUAUUAAGAAACUUUCCAAUCAGAUUUUCCGACUGAAUGAGAAUAUUUUGGAAUUCCAAAAGGAAAAUACUUUCUUGAAGACAAAACUGAAAGAUCUUGAAAAUAAACCUCGUCAGUUGAGUCGACUUAGGCCAACAAGUGCACCAUCAUCGGCUCAUCAGGUCUUAAGUUCGAAUUUGAGAAUGGAAGAUGAAGAAGGAGAAAUCUUUAACAAUACAUAUUUAUCGGAUUUGAAGGACGGACGAAUGUCGGAAUACUUUAACACAGAUAUCUGUGCCCAAGAACUUCAAUACAGAAAUUCCUUAUUGCCACCACACUUGAAGAGUACUUAUUUGGCACAAUUUGAUCAUCAAAUGGGAGAAGAGGAAAUUCGAGAUAUUCCAACUUUGGAUGACAGUUCAAGUACUUUGUUAAAUACAGGCCAAAGGAAAAAAGUAUCUGGUGCAACAUCAUAUAAACGUCCAGGUCCACCAACUCCAAGUAAAAACGCUGGUCGUUUAUCUUUCGGUGGAAUUGGAGAACUUAAUCGAGAAAUUUUAAAAGAAUCACUUGAUAUGGCGAGUUGUUCAUCAUCAUCGUCAAAGACUCCAGCUAAAUUUAAAUUUUUCUCUUCGAAGUUGAGCAUGAGAGGGGAUGAGCGUAAAAGUUAUGUGACGAACUUCAAACAAAAACUAUUAAAAGGCUCCACAAUUCAAUGUUCGUCAACGCCACGCAAAAGCAAAGCACAUAUUGAUCAACGUCGUUUACUUGAUCAAAUAAUGUCUACCGCUAGUCCAGGCCCUGAAUAUUCACCCGAUUGUCUUGUCAAACCAGCUGUUAAUCUUCCAUCUUCUCUAAAGAAUUUAGAGACGAAUCGGAGGAUGUCGUCUUUGUAUAAAUGGCGACAGCCACGUCUUUCAUAUGCAUCGGAUAGUGGAAAUUCUGAUGUAAAUUCACCUCGAAUGAAAGAUGUUCGAUUUGUUGGUAGUGGUGGUUCGACGAAAAAACGUACAAAACGUGCUAAAGAUCGUAGAGGUUCAAUAUAUCUUCGUGGUUCAAUGUUUGCUAGAAAUUGUCGCACUCCAACUAUGGGAACUCGUGAAAUAUAUAGAACUAAAUCGAAAAGUCAAAGAAAUGCAAAUUUCAAUAAAUUUCGUAAUGAAGUUUUCAAUGGAGAGAACUUUAUUAAAAAAGCCUCUUUAUGUCCUAGUUGGGAUGAUGAAUCAUGCAAUAAUAAUAAUGAUGAUUUCUUUUUGAAAGAAGAAAAUAUGAAGAAACACGCCAUUGAAGAUGAUGAAAACUCAUUUAGUGAUCAUGAUGAUGAGGUUAAUAAUGAUAAAACCUCAAAACACUUUCAACAGCUGUUAGAAGCUAAAGAAUCCAAUGCCCCCUUCGAGAUAAGUGAAAUAAAUAAUCCCAAUCGAUCGCAUUCGAAUGUAAAUUAUUCCUCAAGUAAUGUCCAUUCACGAACCAUUUACGGAGCUAGUGUGAUAUUAAAUCGUAAAAUACCAAAUGUCUGUACAACAAUGGUACGCAAAAGUUCAAUAUAUGUAAAAGGACAUGAUGGAAAGAGUGUGAUAUUGGUCACGAACCAGACCAUAACCCUCAAGGAUCUGGCACAAAUGUGGCUACAAAUGAAUGUUUCGGCGAAAACUGCUAUUGCUUUCAGUUUAACAGCAACACUUAUUGGAAUACUUUCAUUUGUUAUUCAAUUUAUUCAUCGAUAGAAGUACAAAUAUUUAUGUUAUUUUUUUAAGAAAAAAUAUUAUUAUUUAUUUUCUAAUUUGAAUUAUGUAAAAAAAUGUUAAGUUGUAGUUAUGUAUAAAAACAAAAAACGAAAAUACUCUGUAAAAAUGAUGUUCCUCCUUAAA